GUUAUUUGAUGAGCUCCGAAUCUUGGGUUUUAGCAUAUAUUUCGCUCGGGUUAUUGCAAUGGAAGAUUCUGAUUUAUUUUCGGAUGAGCCGCUUGUAACCCAAGCUCGUGCUGGUGUCAAAUUUCAGCCCAAGUUUAAACGUAAAGCCAAAGUUGAAACUUCUGGCUCAAUCCCUUCAAAACCCCCUGAAAUUACGAAGAAGGAGGCCGCUACGGUAGCAUCCGCCGCCAUUGAUUCAGCUCAGGUUGUCGAGCCCGACAAUAUUGUAGAUGACAGUAAGAGCUCUCAAGUAAUAAACCCUUCCCAAGUAGCUGCCACAGGUUCUAUGCUUGCUGAGGCUGCCGUUUGCGACGAUACAAAUUCGAGCUUUGAAAGAUCAGUUGGGGAGAAUGCAGACUUAUUUUCUGGGUUGGAAUGUUUUGAUCCUUUGUGUACUCAAUCUUCAAAUAAUGAUGGAGAUAUUCAGAAUGAUAAUGAAGGAAAUAGGACACAGUUUCAGGAAGCAGGAGCUUUCCCAGAUAUUGAUACUCUAGAUACUAUAUCAGAUAUGAAGAUUGCCUCUGGAAGGCGUGCUGGAAAAUUCAAACCCAAGCCUAGGCUUCAAACUAGUGUACUCACCUCACCACCUGCUGUGGUUGAGUCGGUUAUGCAUCCUCCAAAUGCUCAGUUUGGUCCUUCUGAAACAGUGUUUGGAGAGGGAUCAAUUCCUGACUUGCCAACCGAUCAUGUUCCAAACUGCUCAUCUGCAGAUCCUUCCACAUCUGAAUGUCCGGUGAAUGAGGAACUGUCAAACCUUGCAGUAGCUUCUAACUCUGGUGUUGAUCUUCGUGGAAAUGUUCCUGUCCUGGCUAGAGAAGUGAGAUCUAAUAUCAUGGAAAAGAACACCUCUCUAGUAUCCAGUGCUUCUCAAAAGUCCAAGCAAUCUUCCACUAGAGAUGAGGUGAAUGGAAAAGGCAAAGCAAGAAAGCAGCUGACUAAUCUGCAUAUUGUUGAUGAUCUUGAGGAUGGGACUUGUAAUGGCGAUGGCCUCACUGCCAAACACCCCCUUAGUUAUGCUAUCAAUGAGGAUAAAGACGACAACAAUGGUGAUGAAAAUGACAAUGGUGAAUAUAAUGUAGAACAUGUAUCUGCAAAGAGGAAACCUUCUAAGAGGUCAAAGAAAACCGUGAAUGAAAGUGAAAAUGAAAGUGAAAAACCUCCUCGAAAACGUAAGAUAGCUAAUGAAGCUCAAAAGCGUAAGAAAGUCACUGAAGCAUCAGAUAAUCCAGAAAAAGAACAGAGGAAGAAAUUUUCUCAUUCAACUCGUAGAAAGAGAAGAUUUGUGGAUGAGUCUUUACUCAACACGGAAGAGGACGAAAUCGACUUUGCAAGGGUGGCCUUGAAGGAUCUCAUUCUACUUGCUGAUUAUAAGGAGCGGUUAGCGAAGAAAGAGGCGAAAGCUUUAGGAGUUCCUUUGACCAGUCAAAUUAAUCAAAAGAAAUUUGAUGAGGUAAAUACUCAUGAUGAAGAAAGCCCCAUUGCUUCAGAACAAGACCAAGGUUUUACGGAUGAUCAAGUGGGUGGCAGUGUCAAAUCAACUACCUACUUCAACUACCAGACUCACAUGAACAAAACUCCCAGAGUAAGAUGGUCUAAACAGGACACAGAGUUGUUUUAUGGGGCGAUUCGGCAAUUUGGACCUGAUUUUUCAUUGAUAGAACAACUUUUUCCUGGAAGAAAUCGUCAUCAGAUCAAGCUAAAAUUUAAAAAUGAAGAGCGCCGAUCUCCAUUUAAACUUUCUGAGGCUUUAGCAAGUCGUGCCAAUGAUAAUUCCUAUUUUGAGAAGGUGAUUGAGCAGUUGCGGCAAGUUGCUGGUGCAGAUCUGGAGUCUAAUGGAGACAUUUCCAUUGAUUUAACACAUGAAGAGGAAGAGUUCACUCCUGCCGGAACUAAUGAGGAAGUGGCAAAACCCGAGCAGGAUGAGGAUAUAGCAAAACCGGAGCAGGAUGAGGAUGUAGCAGUCGGAGAUCAAGAAGCUGAUGUUACUGACGACCACAGUACUUUACAGUCUGAUGAAAUGGAUGAUGAUCAUGAAAUAUUGAGUUCAUAUAAAAGCGCAUUUUAGGAAAAUCCGAACCCCAAUAAAGUAGUUUAGAUUUUCGUAACUUGCCCAAGGUGAGGUUCCUUUGUUAUCUUUUCAUCAAAUGCUUCGCUCAUUAUUAUGAGCUCUUCAUGCUUACAAAAUAUAUCAAGAUGAUGUUAGAAGUGCAUUUUAGGAAUCCCAACCCCAAAAAAGUAGUUUAGAUUAAGAUGUUAGAAGAAAUUAGCAUAUUGAUUAUUUCUAACUUUAAAUCCAUGAGUUUUCCAACCCAUCUUUAGACAGUCUUAGUACCCAGCUUGUGCAAAGGGCAAUCUUCUUGUACAAGGGCUUAAAGAUUGGACC